CGACUGCCAUUUCACACCAGGGAAGAAAUCUUGAGGAGUUCUUGCUUCAACAGUGCUUGAACGGAACUUCUUCCUUCGUCCCGACGCUUAUUUCAACUACUCUGCCUUGCAUCGAAGAAAUACCUUUUUUACUUGAACACUACUGAAAAAGUCGACGUAAAGCUCUAUUUUUGUACCGUUUUGCUAAUAAAAAGCACAAGAAACGCCAGCCAAAAUGGAGUCCCAAGUGCGUCAGAACUACCACCGCGACUGCGAGGCCGCCGUCAACCGUAUGGUCAACAUGGAGAUGUUUGCCUCCUAUACCUACACUUCAAUGGCCUUUUACUUCUCCCGCGAUGAUGUGGCCCUUCCAGGCUUCUCCCAUUUCUUCAAGGAGAACAGUGAUGAAGAGAGGGAGCAUGCUGAGAAGCUGCUGUCCUUCCAGAACAAGAGAGGAGGGCGCAUCUUCCUCCAGGACAUCAAGAAACCGGAACGUGAUGAGUGGGGCAGCGGGCUGGAGGCCAUGCAGUGCGCUCUGCAGCUGGAGAAGAACGUCAACCAGGCUCUGCUGGACCUGCACAAGCUGGCCUCAGACCAUGGAGACCCUCAUCUUUGCGACUUCUUGGAGACCCACUACCUGAAUGAGCAGGUGGAGGCCAUCAAGAAGCUGGGCGACUACAUCUCCAACCUCAGCCGUAUGGAUGCCCAGAAGAACAAGAUGGCAGAGUACCUGUUUGACAAGCACUCUCUGGGUGGCAAGAGCUAAAUGCAAAAGCUGAGAAUUUAGCCUGGUGUGAAAAUCUUACCACAGGCCUUAACUAAACACCUUUCUGCUCCAGCUGUUCAUUCACUGAGCGUAAUCUAUUUCUAAUCUGCUUAACCUAUGAAGUUGCUCGUAUGUUGUGGUGGUAUUGUUGUUUUUAAAUGUCAUAUGGAAGGAUGAAUGUUGUUAGGUUAUGACUUUGCCCUCAUCACCUAUGAGCCUCCUCUUGUGACAUUUUUAACAAAGAUUGUGAGUGACUUCCUGAUCUGUUAAUCCAAAUAAACCUUUUGAGCUGGA